CGAUUGCACGAUAGGAAUACGCCGCACUCAAACCGAGUUGGGAUUUUGUUGUAACUUGCUGGUCAUUUUUCACGGCUGUGCGACUAAUUUAAUUUAAGCAGAGUCUUAAUGAAAAAGUGUUACAAAUCAGACGCAGCGCGCAGCAAUCUAGUAGAUCUCGUCGACCAUAAAUAAUGUAAAUUUAAAAAUUCCUGGCGUGGGGUUGACCAUAGCGCAUACAUAUAUGUUCAUAAACGUGUGUGUGUGUGUGUGGAGUUUUAUUAAAAACUAAAGCACGAGUGAAUUAAAGUGCAUAAUAUUUAAAAAAAUUAAGUAAAGAGUUUGAGGAAUUGCAUUAAAAGCAGCAUAAAAUCGAUUUCGUGUGCAUAUGUGUGUGUGCCGAGUGUUAGCAUGUGGUUGUUGCAAAUGUAAGAAAACGAAGAAGCAGCAGCAACUCACGCGCUACUCUCUUCCUUUCUCUCUCAUUCUCCACCUCCCCCUCCCCCUUUUAGCUCUAUAAGCAGCUGAAAGUUGUAGCCGCAAUAAAUUUAAAAAUUACCAGAAAUCUGCUUGUUGGCAGUAGUGAGACAUAAACAAAGAGGCCUAAAAACAAAAGAUACUUCAGUUAUUAUAAGCCAGUUAUAUCCAUAAAGAACUCCAAAAGCUACGUGGCAGAGGUGAAUCACCGGCGCAGCAACACCAGCAGGAGAUAACCAGCAGUCGGUCCAAUUUCUCUACCCUAGAACUCAAGCGCAAUUGCCGCUUGCGGGGCGACCAAAUGCAUAGACAACAUAUGUCGCAUCCACGAGCAGUCCAAGACCAAGAGUUUAGACCCCGACCGUUUGUUGUAUAUUACAUUCGCUCAUAGAGGGCGGCCACUUACCCAGAGCAGCUAGAGAGUCCUUGGGCAGGGAUCCAGGGAGAAACAAAGUGCUCAGCAAGCAGAAGCAGCAGCACAGGAUUAGAGGCUCCGCCAAGGACAGAGCAACGAAAAAGAUGAUGAAACGCACCCGUGUCGACGAGGUGCAAUUCGGCACACGACCCGGUCCACCGACAUCCGGUGGCGUGGGCGUUGGAGUCGUUGGAGUGGCUGGUGGAGGACCAACAUCUGGAAGCGGUGGUACCGCCACCGUCGGCGUCAAUACGACAGGCGUAACCAUUGGUACCGUAGUGCCCAGUGCCCAUAACGCCCCCAUCAGUGGCAUCGGUUCCAUUCACCAUCGCAUCCUUACCCCACAGCAUGGAGGAGCUCAAACCAUUGCUUAUUUGCCGUCCACCACACCGACGGCCACUAAUUUAAAGACCACAAGCUCUAUUGUGGACAGCACUAACGCUGGAGGACCUGUAGGAGCGGGAGCUCAGGUGGCUGUUGGAGUAGGCGCUGCAGCUGGCGGUGGAGGCGUGGUAGUCUCCACAGGCAGCACGGGAACACAAACAUUACAGUAUACCACAUCUUAUAGCGUGGCUUCCAUUCAAGCUGGUGGAACUCUCAAAGCCAGCACAGCAGACGGCGCCAAUACAGUACAGAUUCAUGUUACGGGAGGAGCAGGAGCAAGCAAUUCUGCCAACGCACAGACCGUUUCCAGUAGCUCACAAACGGGCACAAUCCGACAGCGUACAAUCAGCGGUACCCAGACUGUAGCCACUGCCGUGGGAAAUCUGGCCACAAUGUCCCAGCAACAACCAGUUCAGCAGCCAUCUUUGGCCACCGCUCAAACGCCACCAUCGUCCGUGGUUGCCAACAGUAUCCCCGUGGGUGGAACCACCCCGCCGCAGGGACAAUCUGGUAAUGCCACGCCACGCUUAAAAGUGGAGGAUGCUUUGAGCUAUCUGGACCAAGUGAAGUACCAGUAUGCGGACCAACCGCAGAUCUACAAUAACUUCCUCGACAUCAUGAAGGAGUUCAAGUCGCACUGCAUCGAUACACCCGGAGUGAUUGAGCGCGUCUCUACUCUCUUCAAGGGACACACCGAGCUGAUCUACGGCUUUAACAUGUUCCUGCCGCCGGGUUACAAGAUCGAGAUUCAUUCUGACGCUCUCGGAUGCUCGGUGCCGGUGGUAUCGAUGCCAUCACCACCAGGAGCACCAACGAGCACUGGAACAGUGCACAUGCUCACUGGAAAUAGCCCAAUGUCAGCUGCUGGACAUAUUGCCAUCAAGACAACGAAUGCGGCGACAUUGACAUCGGCUACAGGAGCUGGAGCAGUGGCCGCAGCAGCAGCUGUGGCACAAAUUCAAUCCGCUGGAGCUGUAAAUCUAAUGACUCACGGAGCAUCGCUUACCCAGACAACUAUCCAUGCUCUGCAGCAGCAAGCGACGCCUCCUCAAUCACAAUCUCCAGGCCAUGUCCACGUGAGUGUAACCAGCUCUUCGGCGCCAACUGCCGGAGUGCCUGGUCAACAACCCCCUGGCAUCUCAGUGUCUGCGCACAAUGUGCCGCAGAAUUACUCGAGAGAUCGAGAAAGGGCCACCAUAACGCCCACCGGUCAAGUGCCUGGAGGAGCGGCCAAUGCAAACGCAGCGGCUAGUAUUGUGGUCGGCGGACCUCCAACGCCAAAUUCCCUGAGUGAGCUAAGUCCCCACGGAGGAGCAGGUGGGCCAAGCGCGGGAGCAGCCCAGCAUAAUCUCCAUCAAAUCCAGCAGGCGCAUCAAUCAAUUUUGCUUGGCGAGACGGGCCAGCAGAAUCAACCGGUGGAGUUCAAUCACGCCAUAACCUAUGUAAAUAAGAUAAAGAAUCGUUUCCAAAAUCAGCCGGCCAAGUACAAGAAAUUCCUGGAAAUUCUGCAUGCCUAUCAAAAAGAGCAGAAAGUGAUGAAGGAGGGCAGCCUAAACCAGGGUAAAAUGCUUACCGAACAGGAGGUGUACACGCAGGUGGCUAAGCUUUUUGGCCAGGAUGAAGAUUUACUAAGAGAGUUUGGCCAAUUUCUGCCCGAUGCGACCAACCAUCAGUCUGGGCAAUAUAUGUCCAAGUCAGCGUCCGUGCACAACGAUCAUGGCAAGCGUCCAACGGCUACCUUGAGUGGGGGAGCCCAUAUUACUAUGUCAUCUGCAUCACCGGCAUCAGGUGGUUCUCCUCUGCAUUUGGGUGCAACGACUCUACCGCAGAUCGACAACAGUGCCCAUGCAGCGGCCAUUGGAAAUCUGUCGGCGGUGAACACCAGUGUCAGCAUUAAAACGUACAACAAUAAUCAGCAACAACAGAAUCAUGUGAUCGGCUCAGGCCUAAAUGCAUCGAGAAAUGAUAUUCUCUUCGAGAAGGAUUACCACGCUGGUCUGCAGCAACAAGCGCAUCAGCGAGGAGCUGGAGUUGGUGGCCAUCAUCAUCUGGUCGGAGCUCCAGCGGGCGCCAAUAUCGGGCGGCCUGGUGUGGGAGCCAGUGUGAUGGUGUCGUACGAAAAGGAACACCGAAAUAAUCAUCAUGUGCAGAAGUACGGAGGCCAUGUACCAAAUCCAAAUCUUGCGCAUGGUCAUAAUGCAAAAAAAUCGCCCAGCUAUGGCAUCACCUCGGUGAUUGGUUCUAUGCCGCACAUGUCGGACAAUUCUCUAGAUCGAAGUUCGCCAGGUAUUAGUUAUGCUACGCCGCCACUGCCAUCCGGUCACCAUGGACAGCAUAAUUCUGGUUCAGCGCCGAGGAGACCGGGAGAUGAUAGUUUAGCCGGACACUAUGCUAGUGGAGCACCGCCUGCAAAGCGACCGAAGCCUUACUGUCGAGAUGUCAGCUUUUCGGAAGCAUCUAGCAAGUGCACAAUCUCCGAUGCCGCUUUCUUCGACAAGGUGCGAAAGGCGCUAAGGAGUCCAGAGGUCUAUGACAACUUCCUGCGAUGUCUGACUCUGUUCAACCAGGAAAUCGUCUCUAAAACCGAACUUCUCGGCCUGGUAUCUCCAUUUUUAAUGAAGUUCCCUGAUCUGCUGAGAUGGUUCACCGAUUUUCUAGGACCGCCCACUGGUCAAACGGCCGGAGGAUUGAUUGAUGGCAUGCCAUUAGCUGCCACGCAACGUCAAGGAGGCGGAAGCAGUAAUAGUUCCCAUGAUCGAGGCAGUAGUCACCAGAGUGCCGCCGAGUACGUUCAGGAUGUAGAUCUAUCCUCGUGUAAACGACUGGGUGCAUCUUAUUGUGCGUUGCCCCAGUCCACAGUACCCAAGAAGUGCAGCGGACGGACAGCUCUCUGCCGGGAAGUGCUCAACGACAAAUGGGUCUCUUUUCCAACGUGGGCCAGCGAAGAUUCCACCUUUGUGACAUCGCGGAAAACGCAGUUCGAAGAGACAAUUUACAGGAAUAUUCACAGAACGGAGGACGAGCGUUUCGAGCUGGAUUUGGUCAUCGAAGUGAAUAGUGCCACGAUUCGGGUGCUGGAGAACGUGCAAAAGAAAAUGUCGCGCAUGUCCACCGAGGAGUUGGCUAAGUUCCAUCUGGAUGAUCAUUUGGGUGGCACAUCCCAAACGAUACACCAACGGGCCAUCCAUCGCAUCUAUGGCGACAAGUCGGGAGAGAUAAUCCAGGGAAUGAAGAAAAAUCCAUCGGUUGCAGUGCCCAUUGUGCUGAAGCGACUGAAAGUCAAGGAGGAGGAAUGGCGAGAAGCGCAAAAGACAUUCAACAAGCAAUGGCGAGAACAAAAUGAGAAGUAUUACCUCAAGUCUCUCGAUCACCAAGCCAUCAAUUUCAAACCCAAUGACAUGAAAGCACUGCGCUCAAAGAGUCUGUUCAACGAAAUCGAGACGCUGUACGAUGAGCGGCAUGAUCAGGAGGACGACGCCAUGGAGCCUUUCGGGCCACAUCUAGUGCUGCCUUACAAGGAUAAAACCAUACUGGACGAUGCUGCUAACCUGCUGAUCCACCAUGUAAAGCGACAGACUGGCAUCCAGAAGCAGGAAAAGCAAAAGAUCAAGCAGAUUAUCAGACAAUUUGUGCCUGACCUCUUCUUUGCGCCACGGCAACCGCUGAGCGACGAUGAACGAGACGACGCCUUUCCAUUUUUGGUAGAUGACAAUACGAAAAUGGACGUCGACUCGCCAAUGGGUCGCACCGAGUCGUCGGCUCGAAAUGCCAAGGGUACGCCCAGCGAAGGUGCCUCUCCGGCGCGUAGCAAUGCAAGCAGUAGCAGCGGAGCACCGGCGGGGAUUAAGAAAGAGACUGAUGACUCAAAGGCGACGAGUGGAUCUGGAACAGCGUCCUCGGCAACGUCUACGACACCGGCGGAAGAUGCAACACCUUCUACAUCCUCAGCAGCAGCGGCAUCAUCAACAUCGGCAUCCGGAUCCGAAGGCAAGCAGAAGGAUGAUCCCCUUUCGACCCACAGAGAUGAUGGAGGUAGUACCUCUGGAGUUGUCUCUUGCCCCAGGCAGGCCUCAGACUCGGCAGCAGCAGCCGGUGAUGUGGAAAUCAAGUUGGAGCAUCCGGUGGACUUUGCUAAUCCCAAGCUGUUGCCACCGCACGCACACGGGCAGCAUGAAGAUGAAUCCUAUUCGCUAUUCUUCGCCAACAACAACUGGUAUCUAUUCCUGCGGCUACAUGCGAUCCUAUGCGACCGUCUGCACGUCAUGUACGAACGGGCGCGUCUGCUGGCCAUUGAGGAGGAGCGCUGCCGAGUGAACCGAAGGGAAAGCACGGCAACCGCGCUGAGGCUAAAGCCCAAGCCAGAGAUCCAAGUUGAGGACUACUAUCCAACCUUCCUCGAAAUGCUCAAGAACGUCCUGGACGGUAAUAUGGACUCAAAUACAUUCGAGGACACGAUGCGAGAAAUGUUUGGCAUCUACGCCUACAUCUCUUUCACGCUGGACAAAGUUGUCUCGAAUGCCGUUCGCCAGUUGCAAUAUUGCGUCACAGAGCGAGCCGCCCUGGAUUGUGUUGAGCUGUUUGCCACGGAACAAAGGCGAGGCUGCACAGGCGGAUUCUGCCGGGAUGCGCACAAGACCUUUGACCGCGAGAUGUCCUAUCAACGGAAGGCGGAAAGCAUUCUCAACGACGAGAAUUGCUUCAAGGUGUACAUUUACAAAAUCGAUUGCCGUGUGACCAUCGAGCUGCUUGACUCUGAGCCAGAGGAAGUGGAUAAGCCGGCUGCGCUGAAGGCCCAGAAGUUCAGUAAAUAUGUGGAACGAUUGGCGAAUCCUGGGCUCGGCGGAGGCGGGAAUAGUGCCGGCUCCAAUUCGGCGCUGGGAAACGAUAAUAUUGUAGAGGCCGAUAUCAAAACGGAGGAGGAGGAAGAUACUGCCGAGUUGGGCCACAGAGGAGGUGGAAUCGUCCGCGGAGGAGGUGGAGGAGCACGAAAGGCGCGCUUUUUGCUGCGCAACAAGCGCCGGUCGCGACUGCACGAGGAGCAAGUGCGUCAGUUGUUUGAACAGAAGCGGAAUCGCAAUGAGCAGCAGGCGACGGGAGCUGGGGAAGCCUCCAUCUCUGUCGACAAUAUCAUCUCAACCAGCAGCACUUCGGGCGGCGGCAGCAACAAUAACAAUAAUAAUAAUAAUAACAACAAUAACAGCUGGGGCGGCAAACGUCUGCCAGAGCGACUGGGCGCUCCACAAGUGGGCCUGGCCGAGCAGUAUGCUUUUAAUGAUCGUGACGAGAUCAACACAAAUGCCAGUAACGGGCGAUGCUUUGUGACCAGCAAGAAUCUCAAGCUACUCAAGUACGAUGCAGUGCGUCGUGCCAAGAAGAGUCAUUGCCGCGUCACUCAGGCGAAGUACGCCCACUUCCAGACCUACGUUAACAAGUGGCUGCAGCAACAUGUCAGCGAACAACUGCAGCAAAACUGCAUCGACUGGCUGCUGGGCAAGACGGCUGACCAAAUCAAUGCCAGCGGCUGGGGUUCCGCCAGCAAGACCAAGACGGUCCAGCAGAAGGAUACUUCAAAGACGCCAUAUCGCAUCUAUAAUCGAUAUAAGGUGGUUCAGAGCGCGGUUAGUGGUUUGAUCAGUGCUCAAACUCCAGACGGAGCUGUCCAGGCGGUCACCUCUGCACCAGCAGGAUCAGGUUCAGCAGUAAACAAUGUGCUGGCCUCGUCGGCAGUUUCCUCGACCUCUCACUCGAUGUGCAACAGUAGCAUUUUGUCCGCGGACUCAACCACCAAUGCCAAUGCGCCAUCACAGCAACAGCAUUGCAAUAGUGCGGCGGCUGCAGCUUCUACAACAAAUUCAGAGGCACUGCAACAGGUGCGACCGAUGGAGAGCUAACCGGGAAGGUUGGUAGCAAAAAAAACAGCAGCAGCAGCGGUCACUCCUUGGCCAGAUUCAUACACAUGAUGAUAAAGUAAAAAAAAAUAUGUAGGUGGAUGUGGCUGCAUUGGAUGAAAAAGUUAGUUUCUUAAUGUGAUACCAGUUCCUGGACGCGGUCAUCAAGAUUGCAGCUAUACCGAUCCAACAUCGACUGGUGCAAGUCCGGCGUGGCAUUGGGCAUUGGAUAUUUGAUCGAAGAAAAGCUCGUUUUCAUUUUGUACAAAAAGUCAUUUAAUCUUAGGCGUUUUGCUCCUAAAUAAGAAUUUUAUAGGUUUACGUUGCAUACAUUUUACAAUUAGUUUAACCAUGCGCUUUUUUAUUGAUGCGCUUUUAGGAUUAAGAUCAAAAGUUAUAUCGAAAACCACACAACCAACACACACCUUAAACACACACACGCAAAGCCCACAUGAUGAGUCACGUAUAUUUUUAACGUUUUUUGCAUUGCAAAACCGAUCGAGACAGUUGUGCUAGUUAAGUAAUUAGGAACCAGAACACGUCUGUUUAGCAUUAUAAGAUUUUAUAAAAACCAAGCCCAUUUACUUUUACAUAAGUGUAACGUAUUUUUUAUAGAAAUCAAACAAACAAAACACCCACACACACAAACCUUGUACAAUUCCUUGUGAAUACUAUUGAUUAUAUUUUACGCGUUUAAGGUCUUUAAAUUAAGUUGUAAAAACGUAAUGAACAGAUUAAAACAAAAGUUUAUCAAAAGUGAA